CAGUGAUGGCCUUCAACAAGCUGAUCUGUGUGGCGGCUCUGCUGACGCUGCUGAUCAACGAGUGUGACUCACAGCUCUCCGUUUGUGGUCAACCUUCACCUUCACUCAACACCAGGAUUGUUGGAGGAGAGGUAGCUCCUGCAGGCAGCUGGCCCUGGCAGGCCAGUCUGCAAACCUCCAGCCACUUCUGUGGAGGAUCUCUGAUCAACAACCAGUGGGUGCUGACUGCAGCUCACUGUGUUGUAUGGCUUAAUGGUGUGACAGUGACGGUGUAUCUGGGUCGUCAGAGUCAGGAGGGAUCCAACCCAAACGAAGUCUCUCGGACGGCAGCACAGAUAAUUUAUCACCCUAACUAUGAUUCUGUAACUUCCAACAAUGACAUUGCUCUCCUGAAGCUCUCUCUACCAGUCACCUUCACCAGUUAUAUAUCACCAGUCUGCCUGGCCGCCUCAGGCAGCAUCUUCUCCAGCGGGGUUAACUCCUGGAUCACUGGCUGGGGAAACAUUGGGAGUGGAGUCUCUCUUCCGUCUCCUCAAAACCUGAUGGAGGUGGAGGUGCCAGUUGUGGGGAAUUCGCAGUGCAAGUCUAGCUAUGGGGACAGCGCCAUUACUGACAACAUGAUAUGUGCCGGGUUGCUAGCGGGAGGGAAGGACUCCUGUCAGGGGGAUUCAGGAGGUCCGAUGGUGAGCAAGCAGGGGAACCGCUGGAUUCAAUCAGGAGUUGUAAGUUUUGGAGAAGGAUGUGCUAAGCCAAAUUUCCCAGGAGUCUACACCAGAGUAUCCCAGUAUGAGAGCUGGAUCAACAGCAUUAUCAACACCAACCAGCCGGGCUUCAUCAUCUUCACGUCCAGCAACUUAAACGUUUCCAGUACAACCUCGAACCCUACAACGCAUCCACCAACCACAACGACAACUCUGACAACUCCCACCUUCACCGCAUUAAUAAACAUAUCUGAAGUUUGUGGUCAACCUUCACUCAACACCAGGAUUGUUGGAGGAGAGGCAGCUCCUGCAGGCAGCUGGCCCUGGCAGGUCAGUCUGCACCUGUUCAGCCACUUCUGUGGAGGAUCUCUGGUCAACGACCAGUGGGUGCUGACUGCAGCUCACUGUGUUGAAGGGCUUGCUGGGAUCCAAUCUGAUGUGACGGUAUAUCUGGGCCGUCAGAGUCAGGAGGGAUCCAACCCAAACGAAGUUGUUCGGAAAGUAGUACAGAUCACUUCUCACCCUAACUACAGUUUUCCCAACAAUGACAUUGCCCUGCUGAAGAUGUCUGAGCCAGUGAAUUUCACCAGUUACAUCUCCCCGGUCUGCCUGGCGGCCUCAAGCAGCUCCUUCUACAGCGGGGAUCCAUCCUGGGUUACUGGCUGGGGCAACAUCGGAUUUUAUGAUUCACUUCCUUCACCAGGAAACCUUUUGGAAGUUGAGGCAGAUAUUGUGGGAAAUGGCCAAUGCAGUUGUGAUUACAGUGAAUUAGGUGACCUGAUUAAUGACAACAUGAUAUGUGCGGGGUUUCGUGAAGGAGGGAAGGGACCAUGUUUUGUAAGUCUUACCUGUUUUUAUCAGAUUCCACUUUGUGCACUGAUUUCUUCAAACAAAAUGUUUCUGGUCUUACAGGGCGAUUCUGGAGGUCCACUAGUGACCAAGCAGGGUGAUCGAUGGAUUCAGGCUGGAAUUGUGAGUUUUACUGUUGGUUGUGCCAAGCCAUAUUUCCCAGCAGUCUAUGCGAGAGUGUCCCAGUACAAUGACUGGAUCAACAGUCACAUCACCAGAAACCAGCCAGGCUUCAUUGACUUCAAAUCCAAAGGGACUGAAAGUGACCGCAAUGUUUCCUGUACACCCUCCUUCACCCAGACAACAAUAAACAUAUCUGAAGUUUGUGGUCAACCUUCACUCAACACCAGGAUUGUUGGAGGAGAGGCAGCUCCUGCAGGCAGCUGGCCCUGGCAGGUCAGUCUGCACCUGUUCAGCCACUUCUGUGGAGGAUCUCUGGUCAACGACCAGUGGGUGCUGACUGCAGCUCACUGUGUUGAAGGGCUUGCUGGGAUCCCAUCUCUUGUGACGGUAUAUCUGGGCCGUCAGAGUCAGGAGGGAUCCAACCCAAACGAAGUUGUUCGGAAAGUAGUACAGAUCACUUCUCACCCUAACUACAGUUUUCCCAACAAUGACAUUGCCCUGCUGAAGAUGUCUGAGCCAGUGAAUUUCACCAGUUACAUCUCCCCGGUCUGCCUGGCGGCCUCAAGCAGCUCCUUCUACAGCGGGGAUCCAUCCUGGGUUACUGGCUGGGGCAACAUCGGAUUUAAUGAUCCACUUCCUUCACCAGGAAACCUUUUGGAAGUUGAGGCAGAUAUUGUGGGAAAUGGCCAAUGCAGUUGUGAUUACAGUGAAUUAGGUGACCUGAUUAAUGACAACAUGAUAUGUGCGGGGUUUCGCGAAGGAGGGAAGGGACCAUGUUUUGUAAGUCUUACCUGUUUUUAUCAGAUUCCACUUUGUGCACUGAUUUCUUCAAACAAAAUGUUUCUGGUCUUACAGGGCGAUUCUGGAGGUCCACUAGUGACCAAGCAGGGUGAUCGAUGGAUUCAGGCUGGAAUUGUGAGUUUUACUGUUGAUUGUGCCAAGUCAUAUUUCCCAUCAGGCUAUGCAAGAGUGUCCCAGUAUGAGAGCUGGAUCAACAGCGUUAUCAACACGAACCAGCCAGGCUUCAUCACCUUCACAUCCAACAGGACGAACAGUGACUUAAACGUUUCCUGUACAACCUCCAACCUUACAACGCAUCCACCAACCACAACAAGUGAAGCUCAGCGUGUGGUCUGUGGACAGGCCCCACUGGCUUCUAGGAUUUCGGGUGGAGUGUCUGUGGCGUCGGCCGGUGAGUGGCCGUGGAUGGCCAGCUUACAGAAGAACGGCCAGCACGUGUGUGGAGGGACGCUGGUGUCUGAGAGAGACGUGCUGACCAACGCCAACUGCUUCUCAGGCUCCCCUAACGCCUCUGAGUGGACGGUCGUGUUGGGUCGGCUAAAUCAGAACGGUGUGAACCAGUUUGAGGUGUCGUUGGACGUGGUAAAUAUCAGCGUGAGCAACCUGACAGGAACCAACAUCGCAGUGCUGACGCUGUCGUCCCCCCCCCCCCUGAACGAAUACGUUUGGCCGAUCUGCCUGGACAACGGAAGAACAUUCCCAGAGGGAGCUGUAUGCUGGGCCGCCGGCUGGAGCUCUGGAGCAGGAGGAGCAAACGAACCUCUGCAGCAGUUCCAGACAACAGUGCUAAACUGUGGGAAUGCAUCAGCAGCAGACACCAUGUGCACAGGAGACUUUACUCUGGGACAGGGCGACUCUGGUGGUCCGCUCAUGUGUAAGCAGGACGGCUCCUGGUUCCAGGCAGUGGUGCUUUCAUUUGAGAAUACCUCCAACAGAAGGAAACGAGCCAGCAUGAAGACCUUUGAAAAGCUGAGCCAUUUUCAGUCCUUCCUGACCAAGAUACUGGGACCGCUCUUGUCUCCAGCAACUGUCGUCACCGCCGUCACCACGGUCAACGCCGUCACCGCCGUCACCACCAACAUCACAAAUGCCACAACCUCCAUCCCCACGACAACCGGUGGAGUGACAAAGCCUCACUUCUCCUCCAUCCUCUUAGGCCAUCAUCUUCUCCUCUUAGCUUUAUGCCUCCAAAUCUUCAGAUAAGCAGCAUUUACACUCUCUGAUUUACAAGAUAUGAAACAGAGAUAGCAGGUGUUUUAAUUUUAGCCCAAAAUUCUCCUUGAUAACAUUCAGCUUGUUUCUGGCUUUGGUUAUUCAAUGCAGAUCUAAAGGAUCAGAACCGUUUGGCAGCGACUUUCAAGCUGUAAACAUUUUUCUUUUCAUCCACAGAAGAAACUAAAAACAUAAAGCAAAAAUAGUUUAAAGGCUAAACCUUACAUGGUUGUAAAAUCAACCUUGAAAAAUCUAAAUAAAUGCAUCAGAUCUAUAAAUAUUAACCAACAGAAAUUUAGUCAAAAAAGCUAAGUUUAAUCUUAUCCAGUUUUCUUGAAGUGUGAUUUAUCUUUACCUGAUUACUGUUAUAGAUUGUAAAUCUGAUUGGUUCUGUUUCUUUAUUAAAACAAAUCAGUUCAUUCAUUUUCUAAUAUCAUGCUCACUGCCAUAAUGCUGAUUAAAAUAUGUUGAUUUUGAGGUUUAAUUUUAAAUAUAUCUGGAUAAAUUAUAAUUUUGCUGUCUUAAAAAAAUUGCUAAUAGCUUGCGGAUAGAAAAUCUAUGUACAAAACAAGCGUUGCUUGGUAUUCCCCACCCCCACACGGCCAUAUUGUUCUGCACUUUGCACUGUCACAUUAUCUGUACUUUGCCAUAAUUGGACCUGCUGCUACUUCUUUGGUGUGGUUGAGUGCCUUUAGUUAAUUUAGUUGUAUAUAUUGUUAUUAUUAUUA